AUGUUCCGCGGUGUGAGAGGCGUCCAGCGGCUCGGCUGCAGCUCCGUGGCUCUGCAGAGACACCUUGUCAACUCCAAGCUCGCUAACCAGACCAGAAUGGCCAGUUCAGAGUACAGGGUUGAACGGGACACGUUUGGGGAGCUAAAGGUACCAGCGGAUAAGUACUAUGGUGCCCAGACGGUCAGAUCCACUAUGAACUUCAAAAUAGGGGGACCGACUGAGAGAAUGCCAAUCCAGGUGAUUAAGGCCUUUGGUAUCCUGAAGAGAGCUGCUGCUGAGGUUAACAAAGACUAUGGCCUCGACCCCAAGAUUGCCGAUGCAGUCAUUCAGGCUGCAGAUGAGGUUGCGGCUGGGAAGCUGGAUGACCAUUUCCCCCUGGUCGUCUGGCAGACUGGAUCUGGAACUCAGAGCAACAUGAACGUCAACGAGGUGAUCAGCAACAGAGCCAUCGAGAUCCUGGGCGGAAAACUGGGCAGCAAGGACCCUGUUCACCCCAACGACCAUGUUAACAAAAGUCAGAGCUCCAAUGACACCUUCCCAACUGCCAUGCAUAUUGCAGCAGCCACAGAGGUCCACCACGUUCUGCUGCCUGGCCUUCAGACUCUGCACGACGCUCUGGCUGCGAAGGCCAAUGAAUUCAAAGACAUCAUCAAGAUCGGACGCACGCACACUCAGGACGCUGUGCCCCUCUCACUUGGACAGGAGUUCGGUGGUUAUGUUCAGCAGGUGAAGUACAGCAUUGAGAGAGUAAAGGCAGCCAUGCCCAGAGUCUAUGAGCUGGCAGCAGGUGGCACUGCAGUUGGCACAGGACUCAACACUCGCAUUGGCUUUGCUGAGAAAGUAGCUUCCACUGUCGCUUCUCUUACAGGUCUGCCGUUCGUCACAGCUCCUAACAAAUUUGAGGCUCUGGCAGCCCACGAUGCCUUGGUAGAACUGAGUGGAGCGCUGAAUACAGUGGCUGUCAGUAUGAUGAAGAUCGCCAAUGAUAUUCGUUUCCUUGGAUCAGGACCGCGCUCCGGGCUGGGAGAGCUCAUCUUACCUGAGAAUGAGCCGGGAAGCAGCAUCAUGCCAGGCAAAGUGAACCCUACCCAGUGUGAGGCCAUGACUAUGGUUGCAGCUCAGGUGAUGGGGAACCAUGUUGCAGUUACCAUUGGAGGCAGCAACGGGCACUUUGAACUCAAUGUCUUCAAACCUAUGAUGAUUAAGAACGUGUUGAACUCUGCACGGUUACUUGGUGAUGCUUCUGUCUCCUUCUCCAAUAACUGUGUGGUGGGCAUCCAGGCAAAUACAGAGAGAAUCAACAAGCUCAUGAAUGAAUCUCUCAUGUUGGUCACUGCCCUGAACCCUCACAUUGGUUAUGACAAAGCUGCCACCAUAGCCAAGACGGCCCAUAAAAAGGGCUCUACACUGAAGGCCACAGCUGUGGAGCUGGGCUACCUCACUGAGGAGCAGUUUGACCAGUGGGUGAAGCCAAGUGAAAUGCUGGGGCCCAAGUAAACGGCAGCUGGAAACAAAGAGGAAACCUUUUCUGUCCUGUCAAAAUGGAAUAUUUCUUUUGUUUUUUUCUUUUUUUUUUCUCUUUUUUUUAACUAAGUUUAGUAUAAAGGAGAAACACUGGGUCUGGAUCCUGAAGAAUUGCCCUCUUCCAAAUACAAAUGCCAAGAGUCCUUUGUUUUUACUUGAUGAGCAUGACCCUCUCUGCAGCAACAUGGUGACAACAAUUUUACAUCUAUUCAUGAUCUUCACCUUUGCUCAGCUGAAAAGAAUUGAGACGGUUGGUCCAAAUAUUAAUUGAAAUCCUUUGACAUUGUUUUGUUUGUUUUUGCCUACUUUUAGUCAGCUGGUCUUAACAGACACCUCCAAGACAGUUUAAUGUUGCUGUGUGCCACCCCAAACAACACUAGACUGACUGUCUUGAAAGGAUUUUCAUUGUAUUUUGGACCAUUGUUUGUCCAUGAAUGGUUUCAUGUCUUAUGUCUUUGAACAAAUAAAGUACUGCACUUUUACUGAAACAAA